UAGGGGCGGGGAGGUCCGGAGAGCCCGCCCCUUUGGGAAAGCACGCUGCCGGAAGCGGAAAUAGCUCCGGGCGCCGGCGGAGUUGCUGUAACAGCUGUCGCGAUGCCGAAGGGGCCCAAGCAGCAGCCACCGGAGCCCGAGUGGAUCGGGGACGGAGAGAGCACGAAUCCUGCCGAGAAAGUGGUAAAGAAGGGGAAGAAAGACAAGAGGACCAAAAAGACGUUCUUUGAGGAGCUGGCGAUAGAUGGUAAGCAGGCUGGCGAGGAGGAGAAGGUGCUCCGGGAGAAGAGGGAGCAGCAGCAGCAGCAGCAGCAGCAGCAGCAGCAGCAGCAAAAAAAGAAACGGGACACCCGGAAGGGCCGACGGAAGAAGGAUGCGGAUGACGAUGGUGAGGAGAAGGAGCUCAUGCAGCGCCUGCAGAAGCUCUCGGUGCCAGCCAGUGACGAGGAGGAUGAGGAGCCUGCUGCACCGCCCCGAGGAGGGAAGAAAGCCAAGGGCGGUAACGCUUUUGCAGCUCUGAUUCAAGAUCAGAGUGAAGAGGAGGAGGAGGAUGAAGAGGAGAAAAAGCGCCCUCCUAAGCCUGCAAAGCCAGAGAAGAAUCGGAUCAAUAAGGCCGUGUCUGAGCAGCAGCACCCGGGGCUCAAGGGCAAGAAGGGAAAGGAAGAGAAGGCCAAGCCUCAGAAUAAAUUUGCUGCUCUGGACAAUGAAGAGGAUGCAGAGGAGGAGACAACAAAAGCAGAGGAGCCUCCCAAACCAGGGCAGGAGAAGAAGGCCGAGCAGGGCUCCGAGGAAGGAGACGAGGAGGGCGAGAGCAGGGCAGACGACCCCGGCGCUCAGCUCAGCAAGAAGGAGAAGAAGAAGCUGAAGAAACAGAUGGAUUAUGAGCGCCAGGUGGCUUCACUGAAAGCAGCCAGUGCCGCCGAGAAUGACUUCUCCGUGUCCCAGGCAGAGGUGUCUUCCCGCCAGGCCAUGCUGGAAAACGCAUCUGACAUCAAGCUGGAGAAGUUCAGCAUCUCGGCCCACGGCAAAGAGCUGUUUGUCAACGCAGACCUCUUCAUCGUGGCCGGCCGCCGCUACGGGCUGGUGGGACCCAACGGCAAGGGCAAGACCACGCUCCUCAAGCACAUCGCCAACCGUGCCCUCAGCAUCCCCCCCAACAUCGAUGUGCUGCUGUGCGAGCAGGAGGUGGUUGCCGACGAGACCCCUGCGGUGCAGGCCGUGCUCCGAGCGGACACCAAGCGGCUGAAGCUGCUGGAGGAGGAGCGCCGGCUGCAGGCGCAGCUGGAGCAGGGGGACGACGCAGCUGCCGAGAGGCUGGAGAAGGUGUACGAGGAGCUGCGGGCCAUGGGGGCGGCUGCAGCAGAGGCCAAGGCCCGGCGGAUCCUGGCUGGGCUAGGCUUUGACCCCGAGAUGCAGAAUCGGCCCACACAGAAGUUCUCCGGGGGCUGGCGCAUGCGCGUCUCCCUGGCCAGGGCACUGUUCAUGGAGCCCACGCUGCUGAUGCUGGACGAGCCCACCAACCACCUGGACCUCAACGCCGUCAUCUGGCUCAACAACUACCUGCAGGGCUGGCGGAAGACGCUGCUGAUCGUCUCCCAUGACCAGGGCUUCCUGGACGACGUGUGCACAGACAUCAUCCACCUGGACGCCCAGCGGCUGCACUACUACCGGGGCAACUACAUGACCUUCAAGAAGAUGUACCAGCAGAAGCAGAAGGAGCUGCUGAAGCAGUACGAGAAGCAGGAGAAGAAGCUGAAGGAGCUGAAGGCCGGCGGCAAGUCCACCAAGCAGGCGGAAAAGCAGACGAAGGAGGCGCUGACGCGCAAGCAGCAAAAGUGCAGGCGGAAGAACCAGGACGAGGAGGCGCAGGAGGCGCCCGAGCUGCUGAAGCGGCCUAGGGAGUACAGCGUGCGCUUCACCUUCCCCGACCCCCCGCCGCUCAGCCCCCCGGUGCUGGGCCUGCACGGUGUGACCUUCGGCUACGAAGGGCAGAAGCCACUCUUCAAGGACCUGGACUUCGGCAUUGACAUGGACUCAAGGAUCUGCAUCGUGGGACCCAAUGGUGUGGGGAAGAGCACGCUGCUACUGCUGCUGACCGGCAAGCUGGUGCCGACGCAUGGGGAAAUGAGGAAGAACCACCGGCUGAAAAUUGGCUUCUUCAACCAGCAGUACGCGGAGCAGCUGCGCAUGGAGGAGACGGCCACCGAGUACCUGCAGCGCGGCUUCAACCUCCCCUACCAGGAUGCCCGCAAGUGCCUGGGCCGCUUUGGCCUGGAGAGCCACGCACACACCAUCCAGAUCUGCAAGCUCUCCGGUGGGCAGAAGGCCCGGGUUGUGUUUGCAGAGCUGGCCUGUCGGGAGCCCGACGUCCUCAUCCUGGAUGAGCCGACCAAUAACUUGGACAUUGAGUCCAUCGACGCACUGGGGGAGGCCAUCAAUGAGUACAAGGGUGCCGUGAUCAUUGUCAGCCAUGAUGCACGACUCAUCACGGAAACCAACUGCCAGCUGUGGGUGGUGGAGGAGCAGAGUGUGAGCCAGAUCGACGGUGACUUCGAAGACUAUAAGCGGGAGGUGUUGGACGCCCUGGGGGAGGUCAUGGUCAGCCGGCCCCGGGAGUGAGUGCCCCUCAGGGCGGCCCUUGUGGGACAAGGCGUCCCAGGGCUCCCGGCAGUACAGUGACAUGACCAGGAGACUCGUGGACCGCCUCUUUUGCUUUGAGACCAUGUGUGCUCCUGUGGCUGACCCAGCUGGCCUCCCCCUCAGCACCCUUGCUGCAGACUUCAGCUCAGAUCGGCCCCUUGCCGAGCUACUGGGAAGCUGCCGCCUGGCCAGCCGGGGGCUGUACCUACCACUCCAUGCUCAGCAGACUGCAUGCCCUGGCGGGAGGGGAGCUCAGCCUGUGCUGAGACCAGGCCAGGUCCUGGGCCUGCGACUGGGCCUGGGACUAAUGGGCAGGACGGGGUGAAAUAAAGCAAAGGGGCUGCCACUACCCGGUGCUGCCUGGAGAUUCCUGGGAGUGGCUCUUCUUGGGCCUGGUCCUUAGCCAGGCUCCCAGCAGCCUUUCCAGAUGCCUGAGCUUGCUGUGCACAUGGCACCUGCACAGCCGGUGUCUCGGGGUCCUCCCUCCACAGUCUUUCAGACAGGGCCUGGCUUUCUGUCUGGAUACUUCUGUCUCUCUCUCUCCAAGCUAACUACACAAAUGAGGGGGUUCUGUGCCCUACAGUUAGGGCUCACAGUACUUACUUCUGAAAAACUAGCCAACCUGAGGCAGGCAUGGUGGGGCACACUUGUAAUCCCAGCAAUACUCCAGAGGCUGAGGUAGGAGAGACCCUGAGAGUUCAAGGCCAGCCUGAACUACUUAGCAAGACUAUCUCAAAAAUUAGUGUAGUGAUGCUGCCUGUCUUCAUACUGCUUGGGAAGCUGAGGCAGGAGGACUGAAAUUUGAGGCUAGCCCGGGCAACUAUAAUGUAGACACUGCCUCCGAAUACAGUAGAUACAUGCGCCUUACCAUGAAAAUUGUUACGCAGCUUGUGUGAGGGCCUGGGUUCGUCACCAGCAUGCAGCGAAGGCCUGCUGCCAAGCUUUGCUGUGCUGUUGAGUUUGUGGGCAGCAGGCUGUGCUUUUUGAGUAAAGUUGAAACCCUAUGGUGCUGCACACCUAAGCUGGAAGCUGCAGUGUGGCCCGGGUUGCCAUGGGCGUUGUGCACGGGACCCGGUGCUUCCCAGGUCACAGCUCCUAUGUGCUUGAGCCUUGGGGCUGCUCCAGACCAACACCCCAGUCCCUGAAGGCCCGUGUCCAUCCUGUUCUGGGGCACCUUGCCUUCCCGGGAGUCCGACACAAGGGGAGCUCUUGGCUGUGAGUCCCUGUGAAAAGUCCCCGAGGUAAAGGGCUGCAGGGAGAGCAGUGCUGUGCCCUGUGGGGAGGGUGCAGGGAAGAACCAGGCAGCACAACCAUGAGGGCGGGGGGACACCGCCUCUACCCAGUCCGCAAGGGUGAGCUCCAGAGCUUGGCAGGCCACUGCCCUACACUUCAGCCUGGGCUGCACAGGCCCCUGAGGUUUUCCCUGGCCAGCUCACUUCCUGCCUUGUAACUCAAGCAGGGCUAAGUUGUGCUUCCCCGGGCCGUGCAGAGCUGCCUGGUGCUCUGAAGUCAGCUGAGUCCACAGCCAAGGAUACCCACUGGCCUCUCUCUGGCAGAGUGUGAGCUGCGGACCCUUGGAUCAAUCCGCUUUCUUCACUGGCAGAAUCCACUGCCUGGAAAAGCGUUUGAACUGACUCCCAGGCCUGUGUGGUUCCUGUCUUGCCUUGGUAUCCCUUUCUUUGUUUGAAACCUAAUAAAUACAGUUGUAUAACA